AUGAGAGCUUUUUCACUCCUAAGCCUUAUUGCCGUUGCCGUUAGUGGCGCCACGUUCAACCAGCCCGUCCUCUGGGAGGACCUGGCGGACCUGGAUGUCUUCCGUGUCGGAGACAAGUUUUACUACUCCGCAUCUACUAUGCACUACUCACCUGGUGCACCCAUUCUUCAGUCUUCUGACCUUGUGAAUUGGGAGUACAUCGGCCAUUCAGUACCCUCACUCGAUUGGGGCUCCAAUUAUGAUCUCCAAGGAGGUUCGGCGUACGUCAAGGGAAUAUGGGCCUCGACUAUGAGAUAUCGCGCAAGCACUGGGACCUGGUACUGGAUCGGCUGCAUCGAGUUCAGCAAGUCCUACGUCUUCACUUCGUCUUCCGCUACAGGGCCAUGGAAACAGAGUAGCGUCAUCAACACAUGCUACUAUGACUGCGGCCUUCUCAUAGACGACGACGACACCAUGUACAUAGCGUACGGGGGCACCCAAAUUCACGUCGCUCAACUCUCUUCAGACGGCCUCAGCCAGGUGAAGACGCAGCAAGUGUUCUCAUCGACCGUGGGAUCAAUCGAAGGAUCGCGCUUCUACAAAAUCAACGGGCAGUACUAUAUCUUCAACACUCUCCCUGCCAAUGCGGAGUAUGUCCUUAAAUCCAGCAGCCCCUGGGGUCCAUAUACCCAGAAGCUGUUGGAAAGUAAUAUCGCGACACCGAUUUCUGGGGGAGGAAUUCCUCACCAGGGAGGCAUUGUUGAUACCCCCAACGGCGACUGGUACUACAUGGCCUUCGUGGACAGCUACCCCGGAGGUCGUGUCCCCGUUUUGGCUCCCAUUACCUUUGGGUCGGACGGAUUCCCUGUCAUCACUACUGUGAAUGGAGGCUGGGGAACUUCCUACCCCUAUCCGAUGACGCCUCAAGUGCUCGCCAGUCCGACUGGAGCCGAUACUUUCCAGGGAACCUCCCUUGGCCCUCAGUGGGAAUGGAAUCACAACCCUGACUCGUCAUCAUACUCGAUAAACAACGGCCUCACGUUGCGCACAGCCACAGUGACGAACGACCUCUAUGCAGCUCGAAACACUCUCACGCACCGCAUCCUCGGUCCUCAGUCAUACGCGACCAUCCAGCUCACUAUUGGAAACAUGCAUUCGGGCGACCGCAGCGGCCUGGCUAUGCUUCGCGAUUCCUCCGCUUAUGUGGCUGUCAUCAAAAACGGCAGUACUUUCCGAGUGAGCAUGGUCGAGGGACUCACUAUGGGUUCCGGCUGGACCACUCUUUCAACCGGGCAUGAGGUAUCCGGACUCAAUCUUCCUAGUGGGACUUCGAAACUCUGGUUGCGCGCCGCUGCCAACAUUCAGCCGGGUAGCGGCCGGACUGCGAGCUUUUCGUAUAGCAUCGAUGGCUUGAACUUUGCAGGCAUCGGCACCCCGUACGUCCUGAACAAUACCUGGAAUUUCUUCAUGGGUUAUCGAUACGGCAUUUUCAAUUAUGCCACUUCGGCACUCGGAGGGAGCGUGGUGGUCAACUCCUUCGAUAUGGAGAGUGGAGUUCCAUCCACCACAACGGCUGCUUUUACUACGACUACGAAGGCCAGCACGACCAGCACCACAUCGCAACCCAGUACUAUCACAGCUGUCCCCACAACUACAGCUGGAGCCACUCAGACAAAAUGGGGACAAUGCGGGGGAAGUGGCUGGACAGGUCCAACCGCAUGCGCCGCAGGGUCGACCUGUUCGGCCGGGAACCCGUACUAUUCUCAGUGCGUGUAA